UCUCGCCGCGCUGCCCGGAGGUGACGGCAGGCGGGAGAACGGGCAGGAAACGCGCUACUCCCUAUUCGCCCCGGCCCUUCCUCGGGUUUCCCGCGUACAGCCCUUCCCCUCACAGGGAAGGAGCGGGUGGGAGCGCCUCGACCCCUUCCCCCGGAACCGGCCGCCAGGCGAGACGGCGCUCAGGCACCGCUGCCGUCAGCGGCGGGAGUGCCCUCAGUAAACAUGGCGCCGGCCCUCCUCAGGUGACCUCGGCGGCUGCCCCGCCCGCUCUCGCUGCGCCAUGGCGGCUCCCUGUGCGGUCUGGCUGGGCGACCCGAUGGAGAGGGUGCCCUGCCCCUACGACGUCCAUCACCGCGUCCCCCGGGCGUCUCUGGAGAGGCACGCCGCGUCUUGCCGGCUCCGCAAGAUGGGAUACUCCGCCGAGGAGGAGGCCGAGAUGUACGACUCCAGUUUUUUCUACGAAAACCUGAAGGUUCCCACUGUCGUCAUGGAUAAAGAUCUGCAGUUUCACAUUGUUAAGCAGGCUAGAGCUCAAAGUGCAAAAGAAGGUACCAGCUGCAGUGAAGGGUCAUACUCAUUACUACCUGUAGAAGUUCCUCAAAAUCACAAGCGUUUCACCUGUGACCUGACUCAAGCCGAUCGCCUUGCUCUCUAUGAUUAUGUUGUUGAGGAGACAAAGAAACAAAGGUCUAGAUCCCAAAUCACGGAAAACGACAGUGACCUCUUUGUGGAUUUAGCAGCAAAAAUCACCCAAGAUGAUAGUCAGAAGGGUCCAAAGUCCCAUCUUGAAAUUCUGGCUGAAAUGCGAGACUACAAAAGGCGGCGGCAGUCAUACAGGGCUAAGAAUGUUCAUAUAACAAAGAAGUCUUACACUGAGGUGAUUCGGGAUGUGAUUGGUGUGCAUAUGGAAGAACUCAGCAAUCACUGGCAGGAAGAGAAUAGGUUGGAUAAUGCAGAGACAUGUGAAGGAGGGAAGUCCAAGUUUUCUGGAAGAAAAGAAGACAGGAGGUCAGCUUCAGUGGACUCACGGCAAUCUGGAGGAAGCUGCAAAGAUACAGAACGCAGCAGACGUAGGAGAGAAAGCAGCAGGAGUCCAAGUAAACGAAAAAGAAGUCAUGAAAGAGGCAAAGACAGAGAUUCUUGGAGAAAAAGAGAACGGGAUGAAGAAAAAUACCAGAGUCAUAAAAGAAGAAAAUAGAUACUUGAC